UCUGGCAACAGCUGAGUAAACGCACCAAAGGCCGAAAAGCGCAAAUAAAAUGGCCGUUCCAUGAUUGAUUUUGUUUAUCAAGCGGCCCAGUUGGUUAUGUUGUUCUCCCAUUUUAGUUGGUAGCGCGUAAACAAAAAGGGGACCGGAACUUCUCGCGACCACCAAUGGGCAACACCGGUUCAGGCAGCAAGCGUGACCGCGCCUAUUCGACGGACACGGACACACCAUCAUCUCCGGGCAAAGAUGACCGCGCUUUCGAGUUCACGACUGGCAGCUCGUCGCGCAAGAGCCGCUUCAUCUACCAGGCCUCGCUGGACGACUCGGACGACAUCCCGAGCUUCAGGAAGGGUGGAGACUCCGAGAUGCGACCUCGCGCCUCGACCAUGGAAGGCGGCGGAGGCGAGCAGCCAAAGGCCACGCUGCCCACCGUGUUCAAGUGGGAAGGCGGCGGCAAAGACGUCUGCAUCAGCGGCACCUUCACCAACUGGAAGCCCAUCCCGAUGGUCCACAGCCACGGCGACUUCGUGGUGAUCCUUGACGUGCCCGAGGGAGACCACCAGUACAAGUUCAUGGUUGACGGACAGUGGGUUCAUGACCAGAACGAGCCUACCGUGGACAACGACAUGGGCACCAAGAACAACCUCAUCAACGUCAAGCAGUCCGACUUCGAGGUGUUCGAGGCCCUCGCUAUGGACAGUGUGGGAUCGGGAAGCGGUACCCAGAGUGUGUCCGGCUCGCCGCCCGGCGAUUACGGCCAGGAGCUGCCGCAGGCCAAGCCGUACGAGAAGGCGACGGGACCUCCCGUUCUGCCGCCGCACCUUCUGCAGGUCAUCCUCAACAAGGACACCCCGCUGCGUUGCGAGCCCACGCUCUUGCCCGAGCCCAACCACGUAAUGCUGAACCACCUGUACGCCUUGUCCAUCAAGGACGGCGUCAUGGUGCUCAGUGCCACGCACAGGUACCGGAAGAAAUACGUCACGACGCUACUGUACAAGCCAAUUUGAAAAGAGAAAACCCCAGCGCGGCCAGUUUUUAAGUGUCACGUAGCCGUAUACGAAUAGCCAGUUAUAACGUGCCCUCCUCCGCAUUUUUGAUAAUUUUUUUCCCCUCAGUUCUUUCUUUUGGAGGGGGAGGCUUUAGGAUGUUAUAAUUGCCACUCGCUUGUUGUGUUUAUUAAAGUCUAUUCGGUUGACUUACUACCGGUGAUGCAUUCCAUGACCUGACCUCCAGACCGCCUGACUGUUGACGACGACCCCCUUGCGUUCCUCCGGGCAAUAACAAGAUCUCAAGUAUGACGUGACUGCCUGCGCAUGUAUUGCCAUUGCAAGAUGUACGUUAACUGAGCAGCUAAACGUGCCUGGGUGUCCGUCCUAUCCUUGCACCUUUCAAUCCAACGAGUGUUACUGCAGACGACGUAACUAACGACUGUUUUACUGUAGAGAGCAUCCUUGAUGUGUAAACAGUUUGGUAGAGAAUUAUAUCGAUAGAUAAUCAAAAGGUGCCAACCCACAGCAGUACGUUCUGGCCGAGCCGACGCAUACAGUCGAUCAAACAUAUUUCAUGCUGCUAAUACACCUGAUUGCUAUGUGUGGUACCAAGCUUGCUACGCACCAAGCUUUAAAAAAAAAAAAAUUAUAUGUGCUCUGCAUGGAAUUGUAUGUGCCUGGAAUAUAGAAGCAUAGCAAAAGGCCUGUGCCGCUGUGGUGCUUACUGCCAGCACUAAGUGUGUAAGUGUCUACAUCUUUAUGGCUAUGAAAGAGCUGGUCACAGAAGUAAGUUUGGUGGCUAAUGGUUGAUGUGCAUAGACGUAACAGCGGCAUUUCAAGUGGGUGUUAUGGAAUGUAAACUGACGGUAUGCAUCCCUCUGCGAUGUGAGAUGACCUGCCUGAAAGAAAAAAAGAGAAAAAAAAAACUGUGCAGCCUUCUUGCUUUUCCUGAUAAAGAGAGCUUUGUUACUCAAAA